CGCGGAAUUGCGUUUAUCUCUCAAGGUUGUUGUUGACCAGAGCGCAUGAUCAGGUCCUGCGGGUCGCUAUGACAACCGACCCGGCAUAACAAAUCCCGCGCUUGUUUUGGUCGUCCAUUUUGAAAACGAAACCAACCGAAACGAAAUGAAAUUUUGGGAUAGCUUUUUAACGUGGUUAAAGAUCAAAAAGAAACAAGCCAAUAUUUUGAUUGUUGGAUUGGAUAAUUCUGGAAAAUCAACAGUGGUCCAGUAUUUGCAGUCGAGAGGCAAACGAUCUGAGGUGACAGUGCCGACCAUUGGUUUCAACGUUGAAAAGUUCCAAAAUGCUGGAUUAACUUUAACUGCCUUCGAUAUGAGUGGUCAGUCAAAGUACCGGUCGUUAUGGGAGCGUUACUACGCCGAAUGUCACGGCGUCAUUUUCGUGCUCGAUAGCAGUGACACGAUGCGAAUGGCUGUAGCUUGCAACGAACUGGAACUCAUGAUCCAGCAUCCGGAGAUGAUGAAAAACCGUUCAACCACAGUUGGUGUACCUAUUUUAAUUCUAGCCAACAAAAGCGACCUGGACAGUGCCAUCCCGAUCGGUCAGAUUCGGGUUGAGCUACGAUUGGACGAUAUCGAGACACACCCCAUUCACCUAGAGGCUUCCAACGCUUUGACCGGUGUCGGACUGCACGCUGGACUCCAAUGGCUCUCUGAACAAAUUAUCAAAGUUAAUUUUUAAGUAAAAAAAAAAAACAAGUAAUAAUAAAGUUUAGUUUUCCAGCUCCAGAGUGUGUGUUGUAUUUUAAGUUUCCUUUCUUAAUUUUUUUAAUGGAAUGAAGAGAAAAAAUACACACUCGAAAAAAAUCGAUAAAUAAAAUAUGAAAUUGAUAGCAGAGCAGAAGGUGCACACUCACACAUCGAAAAUAAAGAU